AUUUUUUCCAGUUAUUAAUAUUACAGACUUGUACAGUAUGAUAUUAAAACAGUGAUGGAGAAGAAAGGAUCUGGGAUCUUGCUGCUUCUAGUACUUUCAGUACUUCCGACAUUCUCACUGGGUUUCUCCAGAGAGUAUUACUUCAUACCACUGCAUAAAUGCUGGACUGAGGCUCAGAGUUACUGUAGAGAGAAUUUUGCCGACCUGGCGACCAUAGAGACUGCGGAGGACUGGGCAAAAGUAAGACAAAUAAUGCAACGCUAUGGCACGAAUGCAUGGAUAGGACUUUAUGAUGAACUUAAAGGCUGGAGAUGGUCCAUGGACAACACAUAUCUCUACGGUGAUGAUCGCAACACUGAACUGGGAGAAUGGUUGGUUUUUGCAGUGGACAACUUCCAAGGAAAAGAACACUGUGUGGAAAUAUAUAUGGGCACACUAAAUGACCAAUCAUGCAGCUUUUUACGAAAGUCAGUGUGCUAUGAUGAGUCCACCCAGAAGUACAUUCCAGUUAUGGCUCCUAUGACCUGGUUAUCAGCUCAGAGUAACUGCAGGGAGAAAUACACGGACUUGACCAGCAUAAGAAACCAGCAAGAGAAGGAGAAGAUCAUGAGCGUCAUUGAUCAGUCACAUUGGUGGAUUGGUUUGUCCAGAGAUGUCUGGACAUGGUCAGACCAGAGUAACUCUUCCUUUAGAGUAUGGAGAUAUCGCGAGCCCAAUGGCCGUGGAAGCGAACGUUGUGUAUGUAGUCUGGAGACAGGGUGGUAUGAUCUUUAUUGUGACAGGAAAACACCAUUCAUCUGUUCAGUUCCCAUUAUAAGGCUGUUGCGGAUUGUGCUAAAGUCUAACGGAUCUGUGGACCUGAAUGAUCCCUCAGCGCAAGAAGCUGUUUUGAACCAUAUGGAGAGACGUAUGAGGGACCAUGGGAUUGGUCAGAAGUUCAGACUGAAAUGGAAGAAGCAACCAAAUGGAAAGGUCUUCCAUUAG